CGGACGCUCCAAGAAACGAUUUAGCACGGUUUAGCGCGGAAUCGGGUUCCACGUGAGUGCCGGUUUCGAUCGGCUUUCGAGUACGCGUCGACACGUGUACGCGUCCCUUCGAAUCCGCUCGGUAUUGAUAUUAUUCCACAGAUGUCGAAUCGAUUGCGAUCGGUCGGUUUCGAGGAGUCGAUUUUCAAACGCGUGAACAGAUUCGAUUGGUCGCGCUCGCAACGCGAGACUCGAGGCGCAUGUCCUGCAUGAUAUUAGCGAAUUAAUUUGUAACGUCGUAGCGGAUAGGGGGCAAAGUAUGAAUCUAUGCGUGAAAGUAUGGCUGUGACAUCGGGACGUAUUUGUGUAGCGAAUUGAAGAACUUCGCCGGAUGAAUGACGCGUAGGAACUGAUAAAAUAAAAAAAAAGUCGGUGAGAAUCGUCGAAGCAAUAGGUGACAGUGUGAAGUUAAAAAAGAAAAGAAAUGGCGGUGACUUCCGAGUCCCGGGACAAUUAUUGAGAGACUCUCUACGAGGGAAUGGAUUUUCAGAGCGCUAUGGACACGUUUGUAGAGGCAUGGAUGGCUGCUAACACGAAAACGGAUCAAGUACAGAGCCAAGCUUUGGCAUUGACGCACAAGGCCUCUCCACCUUCGAGGCCUAGCAGCGUGUCCUCGUUACCGAGGAGCCCCCAGUCGCAUCAAUCCCAACAGUCCCAGCCGCAGAAUACUGUUCAGCAUCCGUCGGUGCAUCCUCAUCAAUCCCAGACGACUCUGAGCGCGCCCCACACGCCAUUUUCCGCGCACAAUCAGCACCCGAAACAAGAAGCGAACACCAGCCCCAAGCAGGAAGGAUUCGAUCUCAGCAAGUCCGCCUCCAGCACGGGAAAGAAUCUACCUGUGCAUUGUGUAGUCGAAACGAUUCACAACAUCGUAGAGAGUCAUGUGAGCAACUCCCGUGAGAAUUGGCGGAGACCUCAAGUAGAAACGGAUUCGUACGUUAUCAUCCCCGUGGCCAUGCCUUUCCAAGAUUUAGUGGGCGAGGCGUUGGUGCGUCUUGGUUAUUCGAGCGACCUGAUACCAAGCGCCAGAGGAAGCAUCGUGAUACGAAACUGGAAGCCCUUGCCGAUGGAGAAGGUCGCGGAAGGGCCUCUGUUAACAGUGGGCGACAUUUUGGCCGAACUGACGUCGGUUGCGACUUUGAAGAUCGAGGUGUACAGAUCGAGACCGCCUCCGCCUAGUCCGGCAGCCGAAGUUAGAAACAAAUUGUUAAGACUGCUACUACUGCACAGUCACGCGCUUCUAGUAUCAGCUGGUUGCCCCCUAGACGAGAUGACAUUGUUAUCUCUAUGUAGAGGUGGAAACGAGUUGUCGGAGGAGACCAAGCGUAACUUCGAGUCGUGGCUGCAGCAGCAACAGUUGGGUUUGGGCCUGAACCCGAUCGUGCCUUCCUCGAAUCACCACCAUCAUCAUCACACGCAGAGUCCUCAGCCGGAGGGGGGUAGCACGAUCGGGCCUGCAGGCAGCGCCAUUGGCCCCCCGCAUCCGGCGUUGCUCCAAUACUCGCAUAAAACUAGGAUGAGGACAAGUUUCGAUCCCGAACUGGAGCUACCGCGUCUUCAACGGUGGUUCGGGGAGAAUCAACACCCGUCGCGGCAACAGAUACAACACUACGUUUCGGAAUUGAACGCGUUGGAGUCCCGCCGUGGCAGGAAACCCUUGGACGUCAACAAUGUCGUCUACUGGUUCAAAAACGCCAGAGCCGCUCAAAAGAGGGCUGAGAACAGGGGCGUCAACGGCUACAGCCCUCCUGGGCUCAGCCCCAGAGGCGCUAGCAUCGUCAGCGAGGAUUGCACGGACGAGGAAGAGGAUUCCAGGCAUCAGUCUACCUCUCCCUCGCCCUGCCCGCCCGGAAGUCCACCGGUUGGACCAUUAUCCUUGACGACCAGACCAGAGGAUCAGCAACCACCGCCAUCUACGCCAUCGUCGGUGAAGCAAGAGGACGCUAGAGUAUCCUCUGGUUCAGAGGACGAGGAGGCCAGACCGACCGGUCCUCUGCCCCCUGGAUUCUCUUUGGUACCCAGUCCGAUGUUCGGUCACGGAAUUAUGUAUAUGUCACCUUACUUGCCGCCACGCGGGCCUGCCGGUUGUUCCACCAGCAUGCUAGACGAGAGGAGGAAGAGAAACCGGACAUUCAUCGAUCCGGUGACGGAAGUGCCGAGGCUCGAGGCUUGGUUCACCAACAAUACUCACCCCAGUCACGCGCUAAUUCUGAAAUAUACAGAGGAGCUGAAUCGGAUGCCCUACCGACAGAAGUUUCCUCGAUUGGAGCCAAAAAACGUGCAAUUCUGGUUCAAGAAUCGCCGGGCCAAGUGCAAGCGCUUGAAAAUGGCGCUGUUCGAGGGCGAAUCGCCGCAACCGCAUCCGUAUCAUGCAGACUAGCUCGUUCCCUCAAGUAACGUAAAUUAGAAGCAACCAUGAAGCCAGAAUGCAUUACGACCAUGUACCGCAACACGAAUGGAGAACGAAGGAGAAGAAGUAAACAUCGUUAAUCGACCUGUUAUACCUUAAUAUCGUUGACUUGU